AUAAGGUCGGCAAGUGGGGCCUUGCAACCCCCCAGAGCUGGCCUCUGGCAGCCGCGACUUUCCAGGUAGUCAGUCUUCCUCCCCGCCCGAUUCCCAGCCUUAUACGGAAUACCACCUAAGAAAGUGCGGCCCGUCUUCGAUCAGCGCCCUGCCUCACCUGUGGCUGGCGCAUCUUCCAGCUCUGAGGGCUCAGACGCUCGUUGGCUUCCCAACCGUAUCACGACCUACCUAGUAUUUGCGCCAACAGGCAACCUGAUGUGCCCCGCCCCCGCCUAGCUGCUUGAUCUCCACAUCCCGCCACCUGCGCAUGGUCACCCUCUGCCUCUCGCGCAGCAUCACGACCGAAGAUGGCGGGGCACUUUGCUGCCAAGAGGUUGAGCAAGGAGCUCUCUAAGAUACGCAGCUCGCUCCCGCCGGGAAUUGAGCUGGUUUCGGCGGACAACUUCGAGGAGUGGCUCUUGGACAUCAGGGUCUUAGACAACAACCCGCUCUAUCAGAACGAGACGUACAGGCUGAAGUUCCGCUUUGCCUCGUCAUAUCCCAUCGAACCGCCCGAAGUGGUCUUCGUGAAGCUUCCCGACCGGCCGAUCCCAAUACACCCCCACAUCUAUUCGAACGGCAUCAUCUGCCUCGACCUCCUCGGGCAACAGGGCUGGAGUCCGGUGCAGAACGUUGAGAGCGUCUGCAUGAGCUUGCAGAGCAUGUUGACGGGCAACUCCAAGAACGAGCGGCCGCCUGGAGACGAGGAGUUCGUCCGGGGAAACCGCCUUCGGCCGAAGGACAUCGAAUUCUACUACCACGACAACGACGUAUGACCCCGUCUUGGGGGUCUUUCCUCGGGAAGUUGGUUUUCUUUUUCGUUGUUUUGCUUCA